UUAACACUGUAUGUCAGUCACUUCGACACUGAGAAGAAUUAUUCAUUUGUGUUCCGCUGGGUGCAGAGAUUGUAGUUCUAUUAGUACAUAUUUAUUCUGAUCAACGAUCUCACACUUUCAUUUGUGUUUUUUGUUUGAAUCUUCCUAACUGAUUAGAGGCUGAUCAGCUGCAAUCCUCAACAUUGGUGGGAAGAUUCAUACAACCAAUACAAAUUAAUUAAACCUCACCUCAUUGCACAAGCCAGGGGUUAUCUGAACUCAGUAGCUAUGUGUAUAACGCGAUGGAUUUUGAAGUCUGCUUACUGACUGAAUUCUAGAAAAAUACGACGUCAAAUUCAAACAUUAAACAAACAUAUUUGGCGGCAAUGAAUUUCGAAUUUAAACGUACCUCUGACAUACCAACAUUAUCGAAUAAAGAGACUGAAAGUAAAUUUAAGAAAAAACAUGAAAAUAUUACAAUCCCUAAACAGGAAUUUUCAAGCCCGCUAGAUGGUGAUAAUGACAAUGGUAAACAAUUCAAAUUAUUUAGAAAUUCAACAGAAGUGAAAAGCUCUUCAUCUCAUUCUCUAGAAUCCCUAAAUACAAUGAAAAUAUCAAAAGUAUCUGUGAAUCGUCAAUUUUCUAUACCAGAUGCUCCAAUUCCAUUGAAAUUUACUCCAGUCAACGUUGACUUGUUACCAUUAGAUUUAUUGUCUGAUUCACAGAAUAAAACCAUACAUGAAUUACUUAGUCAUAAUGAAUCUUUCACUGAAAGCGAACAGAUCAAAUUGUUGAACAAUGAAGAUUAUAUGGACAUAAAGGAAACCACAAAUAAAAUUCGUUCACAUUUGGAUUACCUUCAUAAACAUGAAAGUCAACAUUUAAAGAUUUUGGAAGAAAUUAAAACGUCAUUAGAUUUUAUUAAACAAAAACGUACAACAAAUGAAGUCAUAACAAUACGAUCAUCUGUUAAUUCAAUUGAAACUAUACAGAAAAAUUUUAUUCAUGGAUUAAAAAUUUGUCUACAAAAUGGAGAUAUUAAUUAUAAAAACUUUCUUGAUCCAUUCAAAUUGUUAAUCAAUCGUCAAAUAGAAAUAUCAAAUUAUGUUAGCAAAAUUUCAAAACUUCUGAAAAAUUUAAAACCUGAAAAAUCAGAUACUCUAGAUAGUAAAUCACUGAAUUCGUUUAGACUUCAGGAGCCAACGACUUGGAUUACACAGACUGUUGAAAACAUAAAAACUUUAGUUCUGCUACUUGAUACAGAUUCACCUCAUUAUCCUGAACUUCAAAGAAUUUAUAAAAGAUUACUGGAGGAAUCACUGAAUUCAAAUAAUAGUAUAGAAGAUAAGACGAUAAAUGAUUCCAAUCGUUUGAUUAUGCAUAGUUUAGUGGUUGAACUUACUUCUAAAACAAAUAGUCGUAAAUUGCGUUACCUAUUCCUGUUUAAAGAUGUACUUAUCUGCGCAAAAAUAAAGUUUACAAUGGGUUCAAGACAAAGGAUAUUACAUGAGAAUUCUUCACUGAGUGAGUCGCGAUUUCGGAGAAAAAGAUCUGGAAAAUUUUCUGCUUCUAGCUAUGAACUCGAAAUAAAGUGGUUUAUUUCAAUGGAAGAAAUGAGUUUGUUAUCUAAUUCAAGAGUUGGGAGUGAUGACCGAGGUCGAUUACAAAACCAAAAAAAUCUAGAUGAACUGAAAGGCAUGGUUCGUAAUUUACGGCAAACAAUGAGUCGUAGUCUAGAGGAUAAACAUUCAUCCAAGAACACAUCUAAAUUAACCAGUCUAAUUAAAUUAGAAGGUAAACUUGUUUUGGAAACACCGCAACUCAUAUUACCAAUCGCUGACAAAAGCGAACGAACACACUGGCGAUCUGCUUUAGAACAAGUGUUAGAUAAACCGCCUCAUAAUACUGAUAAAUUUUAUUCUUUAAGACGUACUACUCCAGAAAAAAUGAGUACGGAUUAUUUUCAUUCACCAUCGCGAAGCCGUAGUUCUUCGAUUGGAGAUUUUAGCGAACGCCUAAAGAAAUAUAAACACAUGGUUAAAUUAAACGGAGUUGGUCUCUCAAUAAUUGACAAAGAUGAACCGAUAACUGGUUAUAUCAAAGCUACAGUACAUGGAAUUGAUGGAUUGAAUGAGAAAAACAGUUAUCAUGUUCGUAUUGAAGUUGAUUCAUAUGGUCAAUAUGAAGAAGUAGCUUGUACACGUGUUUUACAACAAAGUAAUCCACAAUGGGAACAGUCAUUUGAUUUAGAGGUGGAUGGUGCAUGGACGAUAUGUUUUACAUUAUACAUUCAUCAAGAAAUGUUUGCAGAAUUAGACGUUCCUUUAGAUCUAGAAACACUUAAAACCAAUUCACGAAUAGAUAUGAAGAUAUUAACGAAUGAAAAUCCUCCACGUAGUCUAACCUUCUCCGUAUCUUUGGAAUAUGUUGAUCAAGUAAAUCUUAAUAAAAAUAGACGGUCUGAAAUACGUGGAAAUCUAUUCGGACGUCAUUUAGCAGAGCUUAUAAGGGUUCCAAAUGAUAUCGAUAAGAAUGAGUGUACAAAAAAGCAUAAAUCUGAAGCUUUUAUACCCCGUUUUGUAAUCGCAUGUGUCGAAGAGAUUGAAAGGCGAGGUUUAUUAGCAGUUGGACUCUAUCGAUUAUGCGGUUCCAAUGAUAAUAUCAAGGCUUUAAAAAGUGAAUUUGAUGAAAGUUGUACUUUAGCUAUUCAAAGAUUACCGCUUGUUGAAUUACCGGUGAUUACUAGCUUAUUGAAACAGUUCUUUCAACAUUUACCAGAGAGUCUGGUUGAUUACACAGCUACUAUAGCUUUACUUCAAGCAGUUGAAAUCCCUGAUGAGUCCGUUCGUUGUCAACUCAUUGAAGACAUCCUUGUCAAUCUUCCCACCCCAAACCUGGAAACAUUCAAUUACUUAGCCAAUCAUUUAGUCACGGUAAGUAAUUAUAAAGCGCAAAAUAAAAUGGAUCUAGGCAAUCUUUCGUUAAUAUGGAGUUACACAUUGUUUGAAUGUUCAUCUAAAACCAUACCAUCUACUGAAAUGAAUGAACAAACUAAAAGCGGAUCUUCAUCGAAAUCAAACACAGCUGAAAUUCAAGUAGCUUUUAGUUUUCAACAAGCAAAAGUAUUAAACUGCAUUCUGACAUCAAUGAAAUCCGGAAAACUGACAAUACCGUCUCAUAGCAAUGUAAUUAGACCAGUUUAUUCAUAA